AUGUAUGCUGCAAAGGACGAGCCAUCGUUUUUGGUCACAGUCUCGCUGACGCCAGAUGCAUUCGAGGACCUAUUAACACAAUUCAAGCAUUCGUAUGUUGUGCUGUCGCACCCAUUCCGUGGAGGACGUCCUCCGCGUAUUCCCCACAAGCACGCUGUUCUGGCCAUGGUUCUGCACUUUUACACCGCUGCUCUGGAAUCAAAGACACUACAGAAGCUCUUCGGUCUGUCAGCCACAACCUUCUCCAGAGUCCUGCACAAAGCAGAAGAAGCUCUUUCUGUUGCGUUGAAGGCGAUGAAGGAUGCGCGUAUCUUCACCUUGUUUCUCGACCCCUUGAUCUUCGACGAGGAGGUGACCAACAUCGUUGGCUUUACCGUUGUCUUCAUCAGCUAG